AUGAUCGAACGUUGGUGUGUGCUAUUGCUUCUCAUAUCAAGAGUUACCACUGACAAAUUUCCACCGCUCAAUUUAUACAUAGGUACGGGUGGUAACUUCUUAGGUGCACCAAAUUUGCCACUGGGUGCACAAACUCUAUAUGGUACAGUUCGUCUCGGUCCUGACACAAGCGAUAUAGAAGAUAGUCCAGCAUUACUUAAUCGUUAUGCCGGUUAUCGUUAUUCGGAUACGUACAUAAAUAUUUUUUCACAUACGCAUGUGUUUGGUGCAGGAAUUGUAGAUUAUGGUAAUGUUGGCGUCUUUCCAAUUCAAGUUGACAAUGAUGAUGAUUUACGACAUAUGAUAGCGAAAAGGCAUGGCUAUCGAAGUACAUUUAAACAUGAAAGUGAACAAAUCGAGCCUGGUUCUUACCAAGUAUAUCUUGACACACAUAAAGUCAAAGUUGAAUUAACUGCUACCGAACAGGUCGUUCGUCUCGGUCCUGACACAAGCGAUGUAGAAGAUAGUCCAGCAUUACUUAAUCGUUAUGCCGGUUAUCGUUAUUCGGAUACGUACAUAAAUAUUUUUUCGCAUACGCAUGUGUUUGGUGCAGGAAUUGUAGAUUAUGGUAAUGUUGGCGUCUUUCCAAUUCAAGUUGACAAUGAUGAUGAUUUACGACAUAUGAUAGCGAAAAGACAUGGCUAUCGAAGUACAUUUAAACAUGAAAUCAAAGUUGAAUUAACUGCUACCGAACAGAUCGGUAUUCAUCGAUAUUCAUUCGAUAAUAUCAACAAAAAAUAUCGUAUCAUACUGAUUGAUAGUAGUUAUGCACUACCUCCAGAUGAUUGCAGACAGAGUCAUGUGAAUGUUGAUCGAAACAAGAAUGAAAUUACGGGUUCAAUUUUCUUUAAAGGAUUUCUCUCUAGUGCUUUUGGCGGUGUGACAACAUAUUUUGCCAUUACAUUUAGUAAUUGGACAGAUUUCGGCGUUUGGACUGAAGGUCGUCUGAUGCAUGGACAAACAACAGCCGAUGGAUGUUCAUCAGGUGCUUAUGUCAUACUACCUGUCAAUCAAAAACAAGUAACAGUUUAUGUUGGUAUUAGCUUUGUAUCAAUUGAACAAGCACGCAUCAAUUUACAAAUGCAAACAAAACUAGAAUCAUUUGAUUCUAUUCGUAAUUUUAUACAACAAACAUGGCUUAAUGAAAUGUCUCGAUUCGAGGCCACUGCUGAAUGGAAUCGUGAAUCUGAAAUUAAAUUUAAUACAGCUCUUGUUCAUUCGAUGUCAAGUCCGACUAUUUGGGAUGAAUCAAACCGUGUAUAUUUAGGUUUUGAUGUCCCGUUUCUUAUUUUACAUGAUUCCAAACGAGCCAAUGAUAUUGUUCAUUCGAUUAUGCUCAUUGUUGACCAAGGUGGUUAUUUACCUAAAUGGCCACUUGCUAAUGGGCAUACAAAUUGCAUGAUUGGUUCACAUGCUGAUAUUAUUUUGAGUGAUUUGAUUAUGAAACAUGAACAUGAUCAAUAUCUUAAUAUGACUCAAGUUUUAGAAGCAUUACGAAAUGUAGCCAAUACAGUACAAAAACAUGAUAGUCGUUUUGAUCCACUAACGUAUAUCAAAUAUCAAUAUGUAGCUUUUGAUAUGGAUGAAUAUUUAGCGUCACUUACACUUAGCUAUGCUUAUGAUGACUGGGCCACUGGUAAUGUCAUGUAUGCUGCAGGUCUUAUUGACGAAGCUCAAGAGUAUUAUAAUCGAUCUCAAUGGUUUGAGAAUAUAUUUGACAAUACAAAACAAUUUUUCUAUCCACGAAAUAGUAGUGGUAGUAUUCUUUGUCCAUCCAGUGAAAUUGAAUAUUUGAUUCUAUUCGAUUAUCGUUAUACGGAAGGUGAUGCAUGGCACUAUCGUUUCUUUGUACCAUAUAAUACACCCCGUCUUGUCGAUUUAUUUGGUGGUGCAAAAUUUUUUGUACAAGAACUUGAUACAUUCUUUAUUCGUAGUCGAGAUUGGCCAACAACAACAAUACCAAAUCCAUAUUAUUGGGCAGGAAAUGAACAUAAUCUAUUUUCUGUUUGGCAAUUUCAUUAUGCAAAUCGAUCUGAUCUUGCUCAACAACAUUCACGUUGGUUACUCGAUCAUGUCUACACAACCCAACCCAAUGGUAUACCAGGUAAUGAUGAUUAUGGUACAAUUCCUGCCUUUGAUCGUAUUACAGUCCGUCGUAAUAAUGGUCAAUGUAUACUUACAAUUAUUGUUCAUAAUAAUUCAGUGGAAAAUAUCUAUGUUGAACGUGUCUUAAUCAAUGGUAAAAUUUUAUCAACAUUUCCUUUUAUAGAUCAUAUUAAUCAUCUUCAAUGUUCAACCGAGUCAUCAACAGUACAACUUGAGUUUUUCAUGUCAUCUACACCAGCAUCAAUUGACAAUUAA